UCGAUGUAAUUAAAGUUCACGAGCGCUGUAUUCAGAAUGUUUGGGAUUUGUCCGAAUACCACCCGCAAUUCGUGUAGGCUUCCAAAAAUGGCGGCGGUUUCUGUCAGUGUGGAGUGAAACUUUCCUAUUUUCAGCGAAAUUCUUCCUCCAUUCUAGCAUUUUGUCGACUGUAGUCGAGUGUUUAUUAAAGUAGGCAUCUUCGGAAGACACCGGCGUUUGACAGUCGUCGUCAGGACUGAGGGGGUGACUCUAAGCUCCGGUUUUGAGCACCAAAUCGCUGAGCUUCCUUCGAAGUUGACGGUAGCUGAGUGCCUGACAUUGCGAUCAUAGCGACUGUUGUCAUCGUAUCGCUUAGCGCCGAGCCGUCAGGUGAGAUUGGACGUCGGUCGAUUAGCAGUAGAUAGCUUUGCGGCCAAAGGGCGUCGGAAACAAAGCGGUUGGUGUUUGUGUGUGUGGAUCGAGCCGGGGCAGAUUACAGAUCCCGAGGACGUGUCACGUCACCUGUCAGUUGGAAUAAAUAGGUGCUGUUGGAUGUCACCGCCACUCUGUGCCGCACUGAAUUUGGUUUGCUAGCGUCGUCCAUCCUGGCAAAUCAAAUGGAGAAGCUUCAGGACCUCAGCCAAUCAGAGCUACAGGAGCUCCUGGACAGUCCGGAGAGGGUGGAAUCGAUGGCUCUGGAGUCCGAUGAGAUCCAGAACAUCCAGCUGGAGAGAGAAAUGGCUUUGGCAUCAAAUCGCAGCCUGGCUGAGCAAAACCUGGACAUGAAGCCUCGCUUGGAGUCGCAGAAGGAGCUGCUGGUGGAGAGAUAUUCUCAACUAGAGGCAGUCAGAGAAACCUAUAGACAGCACUGCUCCCUGAAAGAUGGCAUGGCAGGUCAGGUGUCUCCAGAAGCGCUGUUCUCAAGACUACAGACAGAGGGCAGCAAAACAGAAGAAGAGUCAGAGGCUCUAGCAGAUGAGUUUCUGGAGGGAUCUCUUCCGCUGGACUCCUUCCUCGACCGAUUCCUCUCCCUGCGCUCACUCGCUCACAAAAGACGCGUACGGAUAGAGAAACUCCAAGAAAUCCUGCGACAGAGGAGCGAGGGCAAUGCCACCGCCAUGACGUCGUCAGCAUGCCUGAAAGAGGACUCUGCCACCCCGCUGUCACCGUGGGAUCAACAGACAACAACAGCAACGACGACGAAUCAACAGCAGCCGAGUUCCAAACCUCAGAACGCCUCUCAGCCCGUGUCCUCGUCUGCAGGGGGCUCAUCUGGGCUCCCCUACAGUCCGUACCCUGUGUCGGGCCCUACUCCUCCUGCUGUAGUGGCAGCAGCAGGUUCUGUUCCAGCCAAUGCCCCAUCACAGUUCCCUCCUUACCCAGGUCCCACUUCAGCUUUCCCUCCGGCAGGGAGCUACUCUGGCCCUAGCCCCCCUUUUGGGCCUCCAGCUUCGGCCAGCUGCCCUUACCCGGCCCAGCCCUCCUUUCCUUCGCCACAUCCGGGCUCAGCAUUUGGCCAGUACACCCCGAGCCACGCUCAGAGUGGCCCUGCGCCCUACCCGGCCUCCUACAGCUACGGGGGCUACAGCUACCCAUCCGGGCCAGCCUAUUCCAAUUCUCAGUCAGCAACAGGGAGACCCAUGUACAGACCGGGAUAUGGAGUUCCACAGCCGUACUCCUGAAAGCACUGCUGCUCCGCUGUCUCUCUUCUUCUUAAAUCUUUCCUCCUUUGCUGUCUCACCAUUUUCUCUUCCCUCACUCCUGCUCUCCUCGCCCUGUCCUUUCUCCGAUGCUCCCAGACUCAAGAGGUCUCUCGCUUUACUUUGUUGCACUAUUUCUCUAAUAUCAGUCUGUCUCUGUUUAUUUCUUUGCCCUUCCUUUGUCGACCCACCAACUCCCCCUACUCUGGUCUCAGGUUGUUGCGUUUGUGUUUAAGCGUUCAAACACUGUCUCUGGCUCACUCACCUUCUUCCUUCUGCACAUCGUUGUCUCCUCCCUCCUCUUCCAUGUCAUUUGUGUGUGUGUGUGUGUGUGUGUGUGUGUGUGUUGCUGUUUGGCAAUCAGAAAGUCCUUAUAGACACAAGUGCACUCCCCCUUAUGACAAAUACAUGGCAAGAAUCACACUCUGUGACAGUGUCCCCAUCCCCUGCCAUAGUCUGUGUUGUUCACAUUGUUUUCUGUGAGCACAGACGAGAUAUGGAAGCUUUAUGUUCUGCUUUGAUGACCUCUGGGCGUAAACGAUGCCAUUAAAAAGGAGAAGGCCGGUACACAGUACGAUUCUUACAUGAAGUUAAAGUGCAGGGUUUGAAGUUCCCAUAUUCUUAUCUGUAGCUGCCCGGAUAUUCAGCUCUUCCAGUUGCAAGCGAAUGUGAACGCGGCCACUUUGUUUCCUUUAACCAAAGAAACUUCUGCUGAUGACACUGCUUUCAUUCCUCUUCCUUUCAUUAGUGUUGGACAGAGGAAGCAAACUGCAGCAAGAGAUGUCACAGUACUACGUUUGUAGUAGUGCACACCAAUGCCAGUAGCAGAUACCAGAGUAGAAACAGCCGGUGACUAUCUCAACAGCAGCAGCAGUGUGCGCACUGCCCCUUUAAAACAAGAGCCCACCGUGUGUAACCUACAGUACACGACACAGAAAAUACCACGUGUAUUUCCAGGUCACAGUACAUGUACAGCAUUUGGAAGCUACUGUAAGCAUUGGUGCUGCGACGUCCCCAGCUGCAGCUGUGUCAGCAGCUUCUCCUCUCAGCCCUGCUUAAAGCACUCGAAGAGGAAACAGGCAGACUUGGAAAAUUCUUCAGAUUCCUGAUCCCGACUGUGAUGUCCUUUCCUACUUUUCUGUAAAGUCAACAAACAUGUCUGUUUCUGUGAGUGGAAGCCUAGCUGGAGACGACUCACAGGGCACUAGCUGGAGAACCGACACUGUAGGCAGGUUUCUGGUUUUCUCCACACAUCUUCACGAUCUUUUGUUUUGUAUUUUUCCAAUAAGUAAUUCAAAGGGAAACCCAGGAAGGGUCACUUGUCAGAACGGUCACACUCUUGAUUUCCUUAUAAGCAUGUUUUAUCGUGGAGAAGCUGACACAAAGGGAUUAGUUGGUGUCACUCAUGUUGCUGUGUACUCCCUGCACCUCUCUGAUUGGUCCACGGAGGCUCUCUAAAAUCAAGCUUUGUGUUGGCUUCAAACACUUUGGCACUGCAGACCAUCGUAGGUGAGGAGGAGGUGUUGAAGGGAAUUUAGUAUGUGUGUAUUUUUAAACUGAAGUGCCAACAUUGUGACAGGCAAACGCGUAAAUCUCACAUUUCUUUGGUGACGAGCUGUACCUUACAUCCCUCCAAGUGACUGAACUGAAUCUAAAGUGAUCUGGCACUCAGAAAUACUGCACCACUAGAAAGCUCCAGAAAGCUGCAUUAGUGAAGCGCGCUCAGAGUUCAGGCGACUGAAUGAUGAUGAUGAUGAUGUUAAAGAGGGGGAGGAAUCCCGGUGUGGUUGUGCAGCGGAGAGCGGUGUGCAGAAAUCCUUUUUGUUUCAGUGCAUGUCAGACACGCAAAGAUUUCCUUUCAGAGCAAAGUUGAACCUGCUGUUAAUCAAAACACGGUAAAUCUGUACCUGAAGACGGGCUGUGCAGGCUUCAGCUGAGAGCUGGCUAAUGCUAGGGCGAGCACUGUGUGGAUACAUUCAGUCAUUAUCGUAGUAGCCAGUGUGAGCCACGCUUCUUCAGAUGUCACAUGAUUUAGAAGAAGUUGGAUAUCAGCUGACUUCCCUGCCAAGGUCAAAGAUCACCUCUUCCUGCUUUAAGAGCUGUCGCUAAGACUGCUAGCACAAAGGCUUUCACAGUGGCAGUAGCAGGUGUUCAGUCAGUCAGCAAACAGUCACUGUACACUCAGUCAUACAGAGGUUUCUGUGGUGUUUGGACAGGUCAUUUAUUUUUUUAUUUAACCAGGUUAGUAUAACCAUCCUCUGUUCCUCCGCCUGUCUGAAAGAGCCUUUGAUGGACGGCUGGCUGUCAGAAAGAAAGCAGAAGUGUAAAGUGGCUCGCUGUGGUGAAGGAGCACAUGCUCCACCACAGACACAAGCAUCAGACUCGCUGUAAGGUCUGCUGGAAACAAAGAUGGAAGGUUCGCUCUUCUGAACAGGGAGGGAGUCUGAUGAAACUCACUCGUGUACCGUCUGCACAUAGAAAACACUUAGAGGCACAGGUACAGUCAGCUGUUGUGUGUAACUGUGACCUGCCUGUCUGUUACUAGCCACAGAGCGCUAAGCCACGGCAGUAAGGUUCUCUUUAUAAACCGCUCGCUCACCGUGCUGAUGUCUGUCACAGAGCAAAGACACUGAAGGACAGAGACCAGCAUUAGCUCCUCUGCAGGAACCAGGUACCCCGAGGGCAGUGACUGGAAAUGUAAUUUAGACCUUUCAUGGCAGUAGUCGAUGUAAUUGGCAGUUCACUGUUUGCUUUUCCUGGUUUACGAUUACUGCCAACUCUGAAUUGAUUAAUGCUUGAUAGAAACUAACAUAUAAACAAAUAUUUCAGCAUUAGGUGAAUUUGUCUUUUAUAAAGGGUGCCUUACUCCUCACAGGUAAAUAUGGGCUGUAGCUGACAGAGUGCAUGUGAUGGCUCACCUGAAUCCAACUCUCAGUACCUCAGAUGUCCACACGGUGGCACCAGCUGACAGACUGGCGCUGUCUGAUUGGAUGAGAGCUGACGCUGCACCUCUCUUGGUGCUAACGUCGCCCUCUGGUGUUACCUGUGGAGUCUUACUGCACACACACACACAGCAGAUGUCUCACUGGUUUCAGUUGGUUUUACGUGAACACGAGUAGGUGACGACUUCACAUAGAGAUGCUGCAAUAACCCGAGCAUGACGAGCUUUCACAUACGAUAAAGACAUGACGGUGGUGGAUUUGUCCUGAGGACUUCAGUGUUGUUAGGAAAAAUGACGACAACAAUAAUAAUAGUUUUACAGUGUUUUAGAACAAGCACAAGGCAGAUGUCUUAAUAUAGUUAGCAUUAAUAUUCUGGAGGGAAAUAUCAGAUUGAUUUAAUGGUUCUGAUCUGGAGGGAUUCUAUAUUACUGAUGAUGUAGAUGGAAAAAGAGAAAAUGUUUUCUUUCUUGUUUUGGUUGUGAAUAAUUAAACAAGUUGAUUUGAAGUAAAAUGCUCAGAGUCUUUAUUACGUUAGGAUUCAUGGAGUCAUACUGCUAUAAAAAUGAUUUGUGUGAAUGCAUCGAGUCAUGAAAAUGAAUCUUAAAUGUUAUCAAAACCUUCACUCAUCAAAGUUAGGUGUGUAAAGUUCUCUAAUACCAAGAAAACCCGGUUUUAACUGGAUCAAUGAGGAGCCACUGAUAUCAAGACAAGGAAGCUCCUUACAUGAGUGGAGGGCUUCACACCAGGACCAUGAGACUGCACGCUACGUGGAAGGAAGGAGGCCGAGGACUGGAGAGCAUCCGGGAUGGAAAAACAAACACAGGACGAUGGCGUCCAAUGGUAGCGUGCUUACUUGCAGCAGAAAACUGGGAACGAAGGAGAGGAGCCAUCGUGGAAGGACGUAAGACUCCACAGCAUGCACCACUCACAGACAGCGGCCUGACUCAGGAUGCCAGAGCCGCCUCAGGUAUUUUAAGGAUGUACUUCACAAGUUUCCCUUUUUAGCACUUUGGGAUUCACCUUGUUAAAUGGUAAAUGGUAAAUGGCCUGUAUUUAUAUAGAGCUUUACUAGUCCCUAAGGACCCCAAAGCGCUUUACAUAUCCAGUCAUCCACCCAUUCACACACACUGUGGUUGGUGUAAAAUUAUUAUUUUAUGGCUGUCAAAGUGUUUUCUUUCAUUUCUCACAGACUCGAGGACAGAAAUGGGAACACAUGGUGUGUUUUUUGACAAAGUUACUAAAGAUACAUUUAAAAAAUGGUACAUGGUGCAGUUUCCAUGCUUGAAUGAUUCAUAGAUCAGUGUCAAUGUGCAAAAAAAUCAUUCUUCUGAUCAUGUCUGAGGAACUAAUAUGUCAAUAAAUGUCACAUCUUUCA